AUGGCGCCUCUUUCAAAUAAGCCCUCGCAGGUAACUCAACCGGCGGAAGAGAUUGUGAGGAGGAGGGAAAUGGUAAGUUGGUGCUCGAAAAUUUAGGGAUAUCCCACUUGGUUAGCUGCAAACAUGUUUACUUUUGUUUCUUUUUAGGAGAUCGAGAAGUAUAAGAAAAGCCAAACGUACCUUCUGUACGCAAGGCACGUCCUGAAAGAUGGGCGUCGACCAGACGAUCCCCAACCUCCCAACAAGUACGCUAACUGUUCCCGGCGUGACUGGGACAGUAGGAUGAAGAUAUGGAAGCGCAAGACGUGCGAGCGGGCCGUCGCCUCACGUGAAAGGUCUGGCGUGUUUCGUAUGGCUGGUCUUGGAUUUUGGACCACCGUGGAUUGGUACCUUACAUUUUUGUUAUGGUGCCUUUCCCUUGUGUACUACAUUCUAGUUGUAGUACAGCGGUGGGUAAGACAGCAGAGGGAUGGGUUAUAUAAAUAA